CAAUUCAAUCUUUUUUGAACGCAACCGGAAGUACGAGUCUACCGAAUUCAAAUGUCACGGCAAACGUGGUUUUUAUGCGAGCUCCAUUGACAACAAUAUUACAACACGUGUUUUUUCAAGAAUCAGAUAUAAUCAAUGAAGUUCGCAUAUAAGUUUAGCAAUUUGCUCGGUACGGUUUAUCGAAAAGGAGAUCUGAUUUUCUCUCACGAUGGAUCAUCCGUUAUCAGCCCUGUCGGUAACCGAAUUACCAUUUAUGAUCUUAAAAACAACAAAUCAACUACCCUUCCGGUGGAAAGCAGAUUCAAUUAUACAGCAAUGGACCUUUCUCCGAAUGGCUGUACAUUGAUAGCUGUUAACGAAGAGGGUGAAGCACAUGUAAUCAGUAUGAUAAGUCAGAUGGUUAUACACAAAUACCGCUUCAAAAGACUUGUAAGAGCCAUAAGGUUUUCGCCUGAUGGAAAACACUUUGCUGUGUGCAAAGAAAAUAAUGUUUUUAUAUUCAAUGCUCCUGGCCUACAGAGUGGAGAAUUUAAUCCAUUUAUUAUGGAACGAGUUUUCCAUGGAGCCACCGAUGAGACCACGUGUUUAUGUUGGUCGUACGAUUCGAAAUUAUUGGCUGUUGGAUCAAAAGACACAACAACAAAAUUGUACAGUUUGGAAAAAUGGGAAAACUUCAAAUCGUAUACGCUUGGCUCUCAUACAGACGAAAUAGUUGGUUGUUACUUCGAAAAAAAGAAUUACGAUAUUUCUACAAUAAGCAGAAAUGGACAACUUUGCAUUUGGGAAUGCACGAUUGAACCUGAAGACAUGGUCGUAUGGCAGCCACCGAUCAAAAGAGAAAAGCCGAAAGAAAGCGACAGCGAGGACGAUGUAGAUUUGGACAAGGCCGUUGAAAAAACGGACAAGCAAAUGAAACGUGCGGAACGAAGGAAAACUAAUCCUUCUGGUAACAUAUUGUUCGCAUUAUUUCCUUCUUUCUCAAGUACAAUGAAAGCAAUAUUAAUUAUUAUUCUUUCAGAGGAAGGCGAUGAGACGAGUGAAACGCCAAAGUCAAGUAUGGCCAAGAAAUUGAGGUAUAAAAAACUUGCUAGACAUUACUUGGCCGACGAGGUUCAUAAGCAGGACAGAUCCGCAAUCGUCACAGCAGCUGCUUAUCACAAGGAUACUCGAAUUCUCGUCGUAGGCUUUAGUAAUGGAGCUUUUUUUCUGUAUGAAUUGCCUGAUGUCAACAUGAUCCAUUCUCUAAGUAUAUCGAACCAGUGUAUUUCAUCAAUAACAUUGAACUCUACUGGCGAUUGGAUAGCUUUGGGUUGUUCAAAACUCGGGCAAUUAUUGGUCUGGGAAUGGCAGAGCGAGACAUACGCGAUGAAGCAACAAGGUCACAGUAACAACAUGAAUUGUUUGGCUUACAGUCCGGAUGGUCAGUACAUCGUGACCGGGGGAGACGAUGGAAAAGUUAAAAUUUGGAAUACUAUGACGGGUUUUUGUAUCGUCACAUUCCAAGAGCACAUUUCUGCAAUUUCCAGCGUUCUGUUCAGUCACAAUCGCAAAUUUAUCGUAUCGGCCUCUUACGACGGCACCGCCCGAGCCUACGAUUUAACGCGUUACAGAAAUUUCAAAACUUUGACCUCGCCACGACCAGUUCAAUUUUCUUGUCUCGCUCUUGAUUCUAGUGAUGAAUUUCUCGCAGCUGGAGGACAGGACUUUUUUGAUAUAUAUCUUUGGAGCGUCAAACUUGGCACGCUUCUCGAGAUUCUCAGCGGCCACGAGGGACCUGUUGCGAGUUUAGUCUUCAACCCCAGUCCUGCGAGUACAGCAAUGGCUUCGGUAUCUUGGGAUAAAACCAUGAAACUUUGGAACGCUAUAGAAAAAGGUUCAAGUCACGAAACGAUUCAGCUGUCUUCUGAUGGCUUGUGCGUCGUUUACAAACCGAAUGGUGCAGAAGUCGCAGUUGCUACUUUGGAUGGUCAAAUAUCGUUUUUCGAUUGCAAAACUUCGAUGCAAACUGGCAGUAUAGAAGGCCGAAACGAUCUCGGAAGCGGACGAUCCGACACUGAUCUAGUUACCGCGAAAAAGAGUCUCGCAGGAAAGGCUUUUAAUACUCUGUGCUACUCAGCCGACGGAAAUUGUAUUAUUGCUGGUGGGCAGUCGAAAAAUGUUUGCAUCUACAACGUCAAAGAGGCUGUUCUCCUGAAAAAAUUCGAAAUCACACAAAAUAGAUCGUUUGAUGCUGUGGACGAUUUCAUUAAUAGAAGAAAAAUGACUGAAUUUGGAAACAUUGCGUUGAUCGAGGAACGUGAAGAACGAGAAGGUGGAAAAGUUGUUCUCCGCUUGCCAGGUGCGAGAAGCGGCGAUAUGGCGAGCAGAAGCAUGAAACCCGAAGUCAGAGUAUACAGUUUACAGUUUUCUCCUACAGGACACGCUUGGGCAGCUGCGACGACCGAAGGAUUACUAAUAUACUCUCUCGACAUGGGUCUCGUUUUCGAUCCGUUUCAUCUUGAACUUGGAAUCACUCCCGAUUCUGUAAAAAAUACUUUGCAGGAGAAAGAAUUUGCGAAAGCAUUGAUGAUGUCGUUAAGGCUCAAUGAAAAGGAACUUAUUCAAUGUGUCGUUGAAAACAUAGCGCAUCGAGAUAUUGAUUUGACGAUAACGAGUAUGCCGGAAAUUUAUGUCGAACGACUAUUGAAAUUCCUCGCUUCUGAGCUAGAGAGCACAAGACACAUACACUUUUAUCUUCUAUGGAUUGAAAUCAUAUUAACGAGACAGGGACACAAGAUGAACACGUCGUUGCAGAUGCCAGCUUUGUUGACGGUACAAAAAAAUCUGCAGCGGAGGUACGACGAUCUCAGUGCAAUCUGUGAUUUCAACCAAUACACGCUGAGUUACAUAAAACGAAUGGGUGAACUGCGCAAAAAAUUCAAAGAAGAAGAAGAGAGCGACGACGAAUCGGACAAAUCAUCAAUCGAAGAAAUGGAGAUAGAUUAAGAUGGGAUAGGCCAUUGUCAUCGAGGUUGUAUGAUCAUUUUUAAUAAACUUCUUGUACAUAAAGUA